UUUUAGACGUACGUUAGUACGGACGUUAUACGCGUUAUUAUACAACUUAUUCGUAUAAUAUACAGUCGACUAUUAUACGUAAAUAUACAAAGUUUUGCCAGUUCUCGUAUAAGUAGGAUUAACGCAUGUACAGACAGCGAUGGGCGGCUGGCUGAGCUACAUCUGGUGGGGCGGCGACCCCGACACACCCAACCCCGUAUCCGGCCUCACGCGCCGCGACAUCCACGCCGUGAGGACGUCGUGGGCACCAGUGUACAAGGACCCGCUUGGCAAUGGCACGGAACUGUUGAGGAGACUGUUCACCGCAUACCCUGAAACUCGGGAGUUCUUCAAGAUGGUGCGCAAACACCCAGAGUCGGAGUGGGUGGGCAACCCACAGUUUACCGCCCACGUCAUGAAUCUGAUGACGUCACUGGACCUGGCCGUCCGCAGCCUCCACCAGCCCGAGGUGGUGGCAGCCAUGAUGAACAAGCUGGGAGAGUCACACGCGAGACGGAAAAUCAAGGAGGAGCAUUUCAAUGGUCUAAAGGACGUGAUCGUGAAGAUGUUUAUCGAGGUGUUACACCUGGACGACGCGACCCUCGGCGCCUGGGGCAAGACCGUGGACUUCUGGUACAAGCACAUAUUCCAAACACUCAACGCCGACGUAGCCAGAUAACCCAUAAUCUAAGCCUAAUUAUUAGUAAGCCUGUUCUAGCAAACCGGCAUGACCGUAAUAUAGCGGCCGAAUACAGCGGUAAAAGAAGCUAAGUGGCCGUUUCCUAGAAAACGGUACCUACUUCAAGUUUUGCAUAUUUUAUAAACCGUUCAUACACCGUUGUAACGUGUUGUAAGUUGUAAAACGGCUGUUUCAAAGGGGUGACGUUUUGAACGGAAAUUAAAGCUUACUUUUUAAGUCCGGUCGCUAGAUAUGGAAUUAAGUAAUUUGACAAAUUUUGCUUUGUGUUUUUCUAUUUAGCGCCGUACUAUUAGUUACAUAUAAAUAUAUAUUAUAUCGCUUAGCUAUACUUCUCAAUGAUUGUAGUUUCGUUCAUAGUAAUAAGAUUUUUAAAACUAUUAUUCCCAAAGAUUAUUUUAUCAAUGUUAUAUUUAAGUAUGUUAGACGAAUGAUUGUUUAAAUAUAUUAUACAAUCGGAAUAUAAUAUUAUUAAGUGUAAAUAUUUGCUUUUGCAAUGUUAACCAUCAGAGAUAUUAUUGUAAAUAAAACAUUAGAUAGUGUA